UAGUCGAAUUAUUGAAUAUUAAUAUUGAUUAUAUUCUUUUUAUAUAUUUUUUCACAAUGAUGAUAAACGAUAAUGAUUCAUACGACAAAGAUAUAAUGGUAGUUGAGCGAAUUAAUGAUGAUUGCCUGGCUGAAAUAUUCACGUAUGUGCCAACAUGUGAAAGACCAAAAAUUGCACUGGUAUGCAAAAAAUGGAAAAGAGCCCUUGACAAUUCUUGGUUUCAUGUUAAAAAACUUGAAUUAACUUAUUGGCGAUAUGAUGAGGAUCCGAAUUUUUUAAAGAUAAAAUAUCCAACAGUCGAUGGACAAUUCAAUUUUUUAAAAUCACUGCUUUAUAAAUGUGGUCGUUAUUUAAGAGAAUUAGACUUGUCAGUCUAUCCUCAAUGGAAAAUAGUACCAGUUGUUAAUGAAUAUUGUCCAAAUCUUGUAAAACUUCGAAUCAGAAUCGAUGAUAUUUAUCAUGAAAAAAUAGAUAAUGCAUUUUCAAAUCUUUCUAAACUAAAAGUAUUGAAAAUUAUAUUUGAUAAGGCUCUUUAUGGUUUCCAGCCAUCGGUACCUACAGCUUUGAUUAAUUCAUUGAUAAACGUUGCUGAUACAUUGACUGAUCUCAAUAUGUCAAAUUGGUGUGGAGGCAUACUUGGCAAAGCUCAUUUUCCAGAAGAAAUGACUAGUGUGGUUUUUCAACUAAAGGCCUUAAGACGAUUUGCACUUGCUGGUAUAGAAUGUCCCAUAAGUUUAUGCAACUAUCUUGACAAUUUUCAAACAAUAGACGGCGUUUAUGACGACAUUUUUGUCAAGAAAGCUAGAAAUAGUAUUUAUAAAUUUGCCCAUGAAAAUAUGGAGGUAUUAGAUAUUGUUGGUUAUCCAAUUAACGAUGAUAGUAUAUAUAAUAUUGCUAAUAAUAUGAAACGAGUACACACACUACGUAUGUCAUGUAAAAGACUAACCGAUACUGGUAUCGUUACAUGUACAAAGAUAAAAAAUUUAAAACACCUUGGUUUUUUCGGCUUUAAUAACGCCACUGACUCUUCAAUUAAAUUGCUCAAAAAUAUGACACAUUUAACGACACCAUGCAGCAAUAAAAUUACUGAUGAAUCAGCUAUCAAAGUUCUUGAAAAUUCACCAGAGAUGGAAUAUUUUUGUGUUGAGAACACAAGUAUAACUCAUAAAUUUAUCGAAAAAGCAGCUGAAAUAUCAAGAACUCGUAAAAGAAAAUUAGAAGUAUGUGUUACACUUGAACGUGGAAUUGAAUAUGAAUCGCCUUAUUUUACAAUUGAUUACGCUGAAAAAGAAAUGAUUAUAACUGACCAAUAA